GAGCUGUCAAUCACCGCGGCCCGCCUCGGCGCUCCGCAGACGGGAAGCACUCUUUCGCAGCCUCCCCCAGCAGCUGCGCGGCCAGCGGGACCUCUGGGGCAUUACGCAGGACCACCGAACAGCAAAAAGGGACAAAAUGUAAAGGACAAGCAGCCCCGCACUGCUUGCUGAAUGUAAGUGUGCUUUGGAAGCCAGAUAAAAAAAAAAAAAAAAACUAUGCGUAAAGUUUCAGCUGCGCAUCACGGACGUUCAGUAAUCUGUGCGUAAAGUGAGAGACGCUCAGGAGAGAAGUAAAACUUCAGCGCGGGGAUUUUUUCGGUGAGAUGGACGGGAAAGGCUGAUAAGGAAUGCAGAAAUAACAGUAAUUAUUAUUUUCUCUAUUGUGGAGAGUUCAGGCUGCUAAUGGGGACUGGCUCCCCGAAUCUGUCUGCUGUGAAGACUUCAAGAAAAAAAGUAGGACACCGUCGCCCUGCUACUUCUUUCUGCCAUGCGUUUGUUAUGAUCGACCUCAGCUCCGAGGCUCUCUGAUGCCACACUUCCAGCGGAGACUGGAACUACCUUUCACCGCUCACACCCGGCAGUCUACCUCUUAUCGUCUUCAUCGUCGGCAUGGACGAAAGCGUCGAGUGCGCUGCGGGCAACAGCUGCACGGACGCAGACAGCGUCAGCCUCAGCGUGCUUAACUGGGAGCAAGUGCAACGGCUGGACGCCAUCCUCACUGGCUCCAUACCCAUCCACGGCCGGUGGAGCUUCCCCACUCUGGAAGUGAAGCCGCGGGACAUCGUGAAUGUGGUGCGUAGUCGCAUGGAGGAGAAGCGGAUACACGUCCGGGAGGUGCGCCUAAACGGAUCCGCAGCCAGCUACGUCUUGCAUGAGGAUAGCGGUCUGGGCUGGAAGGAUCUGGACUUAAUAUUCUGCGCGGACCUGAAGGGCGAGUUGGAGUUUCAGCUGGUGAAAGAGUUGGUUCUGGACUCUCUUCUAGAUUUCCUGCCUGCAGGUGUAAAUAAGGAGAAGAUCACGCCUCUGACCUUAAAGGAAGCUUAUGUGCAGAAGAUGGUGAAGGUUUGCAAUGCCUCAGACCGCUGGAGUCUUAUCUCACUCUCCAACAACCACGGCAAAAACGUGGAGCUGAAGUUCGUGGACUCUCUUCGCCGGCAGUUUGAGUUCAGCGUGGACUCUUUCCAGAUCCGCCUGGACUCCCUGCUCCUCUUCUACGAGUGCUCCGAACACCCCAUGGCCGACACCUUCCACCCGACGAUCAUCGGCGAAAGCGUCUACGGAGAUUUCCCCACCGCCCUAGACCACCUGCGCAAGCGGCUCAUCUGCACCCGGAGCCCGGAGGAGAUCCGCGGCGGUGGCUUGCUCAAGUACUGCCACCUGCUGGUACGCGGUUUUAGCGCGGCGUCGGACAGCGAGAUGAAACUGCUGCAGCGGUACAUGUGCUCCCGCUUCUUCAUAGAUUUCCCCGACGUGGGCGAGCAGCGGAGGAAGCUGGAAUCCUACCUGCAGAACCACUUCGUUGACCUGGAGGAGAGGAAGUAUGACUAUUUGGCCACGCUGUACAAUGUCGUGCAGGAGAGCACGGUGUGCUUGAUGGGACACGAGAGACGUCAGACGCUCAGCCUCAUUUCGUCGCUGGCACUUCGAGUGUUAGCCGAGCAGAACGCCAUCCUCAACGCUGCAAAUGUCACCUGCUUUUACCAGCCAGCUCCUUACGUGUCAGAUGGCAACUUCAGCAACUAUUAUGUGGCACAGGUUCAGCCUGUCUACUCUUGUCCACCUUCACAUCCCCAGCAGUACUUUGCUCCUUUGCAAAAUUCAUGGUAUGCUGCCUGGAUGCCCUGUAACUAAACUUUCUGUAUGCCCAUGUACUUUUGUGGAACUCAUGUCUUGCGCACACACAAAAAAAAAUGCAUCUUCUUGACCCUUGUUUGAGAUGGGAAGUUCAGGAAAGUUGAGAGAAGUUGAGAAAUGAAAGAAAUAAUAAGGAGAAGGAGAUUUGAUCAAGGAGCUGAGCUUGAAAGAAGCUGCUUCCUGUGUUUGGUGCAAAGAGAGAAGAUAAAACUGAUUGGUUUGUGGGUUUGGUAGAUCAAACAUCUGAUGAGCCACAACGCCGUCCUAGAUAAAAUCAUUUUCUACAUUUUCCACAGCGUAAAAGAACUUACAUGCACAUUUGAUCGUUACAAACCAGAACAUUCACAAUACUGAAACGAAAAGCGCCAGAGAACGGUGGUGAAGAUGCAGAUUCAUUCACGUGGUUUCUUCUGCUCUGUCCUUGUUUGGGUGUGCUUGUGAUUGUGUGUGUUUGUGUGUGUGUGUGUGUGAGUAUAUUCACAGACAAUGCAAAAAAAAAAGAGGAACUGAAUACUGUUUACAAAUCCAAAGAUCUGCUUUAAUACUCGAGUUUUGUUUUUUUUUUAACUCCAAACAGUAAAAAUAAAAUAAAUGAAGACACAACAAUGCAUGUUUUAUUUCUGUACAGGAAUAAUGUUCAAGUGCCUACACCAAGCCUAAAAUGAAAAUUUGUUUUUGGGAUUAAUUAUCGUUGCACUGCAUUGGUAUUUUUAACAUGAUGCUGAAUGUAUUUGUAGAAAUGAAAAAUGCUCCAAUGCUAUGUAAGGUCUCCUGCACUGAGGUAGUAGUAGUAGUACGUGGAGCAACCCCUUUUAUUAAACAGUGACUUGUCAAAUACUGCGCUUAUCAGCACUUCUGCAGCGUGGUUGCAUUGUGAUUACGAAAGAGGAAGUAACAGCAUGAUCUCAUUUUCUGUAGAACUUGCUUAAUGGGGAUGGGGGGGGGGGGGUGAGUUGUAUCAAAAAUAUUUGUAAAAUAGUUUCAAUAAAAAUAUUGAUUUUAGAAAGGGGCUUGGAUGCAAGAUGGCAAUUAUUAGGAGAAUCUAAUAAGCAUUUAAAUUCCAAAAUAAAUGGGAUCAGUGCAUUUAAAUGCAAAUGAGAUGAUUGAAUGGCCACGAAAAGGGACACGAAAUGUUACAAGAAGUAUUACAUGCCCAUUUGUUAACAGUUUCAUCAGUGCACUUCUCUUAUUGAUACUUUAUAAUGAGAAUGUAUUUGAAUAAAUAAGUCACCAUGUUGAUUUUUUUAAAGAAAAAAGCAAAUAAAAAAAAACAUGUUUACAAGUGGAAAUGUACACCAGGAAGACCAAAGGUUGUUUUUUUUUUUUUUUUUUAAAAAGCAAUCAAGCAAAAUAUCAAAAAGUAACUAAUGCCAUUUCCUAACAUGCUGUUUUUAUCUGGAGAUAAAGCAAAUAAGGCGAAUCCAUAUUACACAGAAAAUACUCUGGGAAGUUGUAAAACAGUAUGAAUUCAGAUAAACGUAUUAAUCCUUUUGAUUUUUUUAACUAUUUUUUUAACAUUAAAUGGCUGUAAGAAUUUUACAAUUUUGCUCUUGUACAUCUCAGUAUAUCAGGGCUUCAGGAACAAUCUAGACAUGGAAAAUACUUAAAAACUAUGAUUCAUCUUAAUCAGCGGAAAAACUAGAGUUGGGAUGUAAAAAUGUUCUUUUGGAGACUGCUAAGUGCAAAUAAAUGCAUUUAUUCAGCCACAUGCAUCUAAUUCCUUUUAGCCAAUGAUGCUUUACCUGAAUUUCAUUGGCAACUUUAUAACCAGCAUCCUUACAUAUUUGGUAAUUCAAAGAGCAAAUAUGGAUUCAACUAUGAAUUUGAUCAUGUUUAAAAUGUGUGGAAAUUAGUGAUAUGUGAUAUGAAACUAAAGUUUCACCAUGAUAUGGGUUAUUUGUUUUUGCAAUAACGCUAAUAACUCAUGAUAAAAAGUAUUUCGAAACCCAUCACAGUCUGUUUUUUCCGAUACAUCUAUCACUGCAUACGGUCAGUCUCACAGGCACAAAUACUGUUUUAAAAUAAAACCUGCCCAUUAUUAAAUAGGCAAAUUCAGUACAAUUGUUACAUUAGAAUACUGCUGUUAGCACACAAUGAUGAUAUUAAGACAUAUUAUUAAACAUUGAUAUAUUGUUUUCUCUCUUUAGGAACCAACGGGGAAUAUAGUCCAAAGCUAAAAUUUUUAUGAUCAUAUCUAUUUAUAGGGUUUGCUAACAGCAUCAUUGUUUAUCAUUAUCACGAUAAAUCACUUUUUUUAUAAUUUUAUGAUUGGAGGAACAAAGCAGCUUAGUAAACAGUGCAACAAGCAGUCAUAUUCAAACAUUUCCAGGCUUCGCAAGGAAGUGUCUACAAGUUUGAAAUUAUUAAAACAGACAAAGAAGAAGAAGUUAGCUAAACUGCAAACCAGUUCCUGCAAAAAUGUGACCGGCUAUAUAAGACUAGCUACCAAAACACCUGCUGUUAAUUUACUGAAAGCAGGUGCUAAAUGAUGGAUAUGGCUAAAUAAAUUCACCUGUUUGCAUCUUGUCUCCAGGAAAUCCUUAUUAUCUCCUGACACCAGUUUUUCCCCUGAUACAUCAGAUGAACUGAGGUGAAAAUUUGUUUAAAAAAAGGCCUAACAACAUAUUAAUGCUCUGAAAAAGACAUAGUGAUAUCACAAUUUAAGCGCUUUGAAUGACAAAGAGAAUCUUUGUAAACGGGGAAAAAGAAACAGCAUGCACAGGGACUUGGAGUUUUAAUGGACAAUAUAACUGGCUUAUGUCUUGUGCUGGAUUGUUGGGACACUAGAGAGGAAAAAAAAAAGGUGCGCACAGUCAGGGAAAAAAAGCCUGCAAAUUUUCACAAACAUGUCAAAACUCAUAUUUUGUUAUGAUAAUAAUAAUUGUUAAUUGAUAAUAAUAAUCAUAAGUUGCGAUCUCUACUUUUAUACAGAACAUGUCAGGGCUGGUGUAGCAGGAAGAUUCAAAGCUGUGUGAUGUAUAUACGUGUUUCGCUGCGUGUGUAUGCAUUUCGGCUCAUGAAGAGCAGCACAGGUUUUAUUGUGUAAAGGUACAUUUUAUCAUGUGUGAGAUUGUGUGUGUGAGUGGGCUCAUGUGUUUCGUGUGGUUUUACUUUGCUCUUAAGAGAUUGUUUCUUAGUGAUUUCGGCAGUGAUGCCAUUUGGAUGGGACAAUGACGAUCUGACAGUUGUUCAAGUGUCAGGUUGAUUGACUUGAUCAUUAAAUGCAAAAAUAUCAGAAAA